UCCGAAAUUAGGGUUUCAACUAUUACAUAUAUUUUCUCCCCCAAAGGGUUUCUAUUGUUCACACUCUUCUUCGUCCAUUUCCAUUUCCAAUUCUCUGUGCAGAAGCCAUGUCUAAGGGUCCUGGUCUCUACUUUGACAUUGGCAAGAAAGCCAGAGAUCUUCUAUUCAAGGAUUACCACAGUGACCAGAAGUUCACCAUCACCACCUACUCACCAACUGGAGUUGCUAUAACAUCCUCAGGGACCAGGAGAGGUGACCUUUUUGUGGCUGAUGUUAACACCCAGUUGAAGAACAAGAACAUCACUACCGAUGUCAAAGUGGACACUGAUUCUAAUCUUUUCACAACUAUCACUGUUAAUGAGCUUGCUCCUGGUCUGAAGACCAUUCUUAGCUUCAGAGUUCCCGAUCAAAGGUCUGGAAAGGUGGAAGUUCAGUACCUGCAUGACUAUGCUGGAAUAAGCACCAGUGUGGGUUUAACAGCCAACCCAAUUGUCAACUUCUCUGGCGUUGUAGGAACUAAUGUACUUGCCCUUGGUACUGAUCUUUCUUUUGACACCAAAAUUGGGGAGUUAACUAAAUUCAAUGCUGGAUUGAACUUCACCAAAGAUGAUUUGGUUGCCUCAUUGACUGUGAAUGACAAAGGUGAUACCCUGAAUGCUUCAUACUACCAUGUAGUCAAUCACUUGAGCAACACAGCUGUUGGUGCUGAGGUAAAACACAGAUUCUCAACCAAUGAGAACACCCUUACACUUGGCACCCAGCACGCGUUGGACCCCUUGACCACUGUGAAGGCUCGUGUCAACAACUUCGGCAAGGCAAGCGCUCUCAUCCAGCAUGAGUGGCGCCCCAAAUCCUUCUUCACCAUUUCUGGGGAGGUUGACACCAAGGCCAUUGAUAAGAGUGCGAAGGUUGGAUUGGGUUUGGCUCUCAAACCCUAGGGAAUUAAUUUUGAGCCAUUAUGGCAAGAGCAUUGAGGUAGGCAUUAGGAAAGCACAUAGUUGUCUGUUGGACUGAAUUGUUUGUUUGAGGUUGGUUGUUGUUUUGAACGGAAGUGUUCAUCAUAUUUUGAUUGCAUUUGAGCAAUUCAAGGUUGUAUAAAUAAGUGAUAGACUAUUUCUAUAAACCAAAUGUUACUCGUAAAUGAACACGAGAUUUUGCAAAUAUCCUUUGAUAUGGGGAAUCAUUCUCAUUA